UGAUAAUCGAUGUUCCCAACCAGAAGACUACCCCUCCCAUCUCUCCUGUAUCCCAUCCCAGCUUCCAGAAUACUGACAGAGCAGCUAUGCAAUAUUUCAUCAUUGGAAAAAGUGUCUGUUGCCUCAUCUCCAAAAAGUAAAGAUUUGACUUCAAGCCAAUCCCCUGAGAGCAGUUCUCCAACUCAAAAAUUCUUUAAUGGGACAGAAUCUAAGAAUACAAUUAGCCUUUAUGAGCAUACAAGAAGCAAUGAUCAACCUUCAAAGCUAUCAGAUGAAAGAGAGCGCUUGAAGAAGACUCCGUCUUGGAAAAGCAUCAUGCCUCCAAGGAGAGGUAAAAUAUCAAGUGAUAAAAGAGAGGACGUUCUCUAUAAAAUUCUCAUUAGAGCUAUUAAAAGAUAUUAUUGGCAGAGAUGAUGUGAAGGAAACAGUCUUAUAUCUCACCUUUCAAAAGAAGAGGAGUUAAGAGUGUUUGAUGAACUUGAUUCUAUUGCCAAUCAAAGAUUUGCUAAAUACUUUCAUGAAGAUGAGCUUAAGCACACCCCAAAACUUUCAAUCUUACAUGAUCCUUCCUUUGUGCUAUCCAAAAACCUCUCUGUUUUUCUUGAAAUUAAAGUGUUGUUAGCAAGCAUUAUUAUCAGAAAGAACAUGAAGAGGUAUAUUAAUAGAUGAAGUCUGAGAAGAGUUUGAGAAAAGUAUUACCAAAUCAUUUAUAAGUAUUCGUACAAAAGACUUGGCACGCUCUUAAAGUCCAAAUCAGUUCAACUUAUAUUCUUAGACUUUUUUGAAUCUGAAGAGUUCCAACAAAUGCUAGAGACAGAUGAAUCACUUGAAAAAGAUAAGGAUGCAUAUGACUACAGAGCAAAAAGGAUUAUAGAUUAUGUCAAGAAUCUUGAUCCUUUAAAACCUUCUUUUGUAUUUCAAAGCUCAUAAGAAUUCUUUCACAACUUGAAAAUAAGUCGCGGAAAAUUGAUCCAGGGCAAUGGUUUAAAAUAAUUUCCUAUUAAAAUUAUUUCCUUUAAGCUUAUCUUACCUCCCAACUGACAAAG